AUGAGAUUCCUCAAGGCACUUCUCCCUCUUGCCAUUGUGGCGGACGUCGCGAUCGCGGCCGACAGCUGGCUGUAUCGUGCUGCCUACAACAAGUGGCAUGAAACCGAGCUGGAGCGGUGGCUCUCGGAUCACAACAUCCCGUACCCAACGCCGGCAGAUCGUAAGGACUUGACCGAUCGCGUGCAAAAGAACUGGAACAGCUAUGUCGUGACACCAUACAACAGCUGGGACACGAACCAGCUUGCUUCGUAUCUCAAGCUCAAGGGCAUCGAGACGAAGAAUAGCGCCGAGACGGACAAGAACAAGCUCAUCUCCCAGGUCCAGUCAGUCUGGACCGAGACCGAAGACAAGGCCCAAAAUGCGUAUGUCGACGUAAAGGACUGGAUUCUGGACUCAUGGAGUGACAGCCAGCUCAAGUCCUUCUGUGACCACUACAAAAUCCCUGUUCCCCAGCCUCGUGAGCGCGACGUGCUUCUCAGAAACGCUCGCCAGAACCUCGACUCGAUUGCCCAGAAGUCGCACCAGACCUUUGGCUACCCCGGAAACUGGCUUUACGACACUUGGACUGAGUCGGAUCUGAAGAGCUGGCUUGACACCUACGGUUACCCUGCUCCGCAGCCUUCUACUCGCGACAAGUUGAUUUCUACGGUUCGCCGUAACUCUCAUCUGGCCUAUCUUCAGAUGCAGGACGAGUCUGCGCGCCUGCAAAAGGCCGCUAAGGCUGCCUACGAGAACUUGUCCGACACCCUCCUGAACAGCUGGAGCGAGUCUGAGCUCAAGAACUUUUGCGACAAGAACGGCAUCAGUGUCCCUCAAGGUAGCAAGGUCGACGAAAUUCGUGCUCUUGUCCGCAAACGCCGUGCCGAGGCGCUUGACGACACCGUUGCCGCUCGCUUUGGCGCUGCAACCACUAGGGCUGGUAACGAGUUCGCCAAGGCCACGGAUGCCGUCUCUGAAGCAGCACGGGCCGCAUUUUCCAACAGCGUCGACAGCUGGUCGGACAGUCGCCUCAAGGCGUUCCUCGAUGCCCGCGGUGUGCCCGUUCCCCACAAGUCGAACUCUGACCAGCUUCGUGCUCUUGUCCGGAAGAACGCGCACAAGGCUGCUUCUGGCUGGAGUGCCUGGACGUUUGACGAUCUUUCGUACGACAACCUCCGUAAUUACCUGGUCUCCACUGGCGACGACGCUGCCAAGAAGGUCGCCGAGAAGUCGGACGCUGCCCGUGGAGAGCUGCUCAAGGCGGCCAAGUCUUACUACAACGCUGCAUCUAAGGCUGGUGGCGACAAGUAUGCUACCGCGACCGACUACUUGGCCAAGGCAACCGAGACGGCUAAGAACGGCGUCUUUGAUACGUGGAGCGAGAGUGAAAUCAAGGCUUACCUUGACAGCUACGGCAUUCCUGUUCCUCAGGGCAGCACCGUCAACGAGCUCCGCGCAUUCGCCCGCCAGCAGGCCACCUACUUCCGGUACGGCACGACCACGCCUACGAGCACGCUGUUCGCCAAGGCAUCUGAGAGCUUCUGGAACUCGGUUGACUGGAUCAAGGCUCAAAUCCAGCUUGGUUCCAGCUAUGCCCAAGAGAAGGCCGGGGACUACCGGAAGAAGGCCAACGAUGAGCUGUAA